AGCUCUGGAAUUAGCAAUAGUUGUGGUGCCUUUCCUUCGGCAGCAAGGGACUGAGUGCAUAAGGGUUGAAGAAGUGUGGGGAUGCAGAAGCUCGAUUCUGGAAAAAAUCAGUCCUAAUUUUUUUUUUUUUUUUUAAAGUCCUCAUCAUCUUAGAACUGCAGCAUCAGAGUUUUUACUUGUUGGUGCCUGCAUUGUAUUAACUGCUGCUUAGGCUGUUUUCAGUGAACAAGAAUAAGAUGGCUGCUUUUAUUUGUUUUUGGAAACUUUGAGUUUUUCUCUCUCACAAGUCUGAUGUUAAUGUUUCUGAUAUUCAUGACGUGUUGAUUACCAUGAAGCUCCUGAAAGGUUGUUCUAAAAUGGGAAAGGGCUAGUGCAGAGGCAGCUUUUCUCAGAGAUACUGCCUUACACAUCAAAAGAGCACAGAUCAGAACAUACAAGAGACUGUAAAAGCCCUCAGUUGGGAGGAGUUAGAUAAACGCUCACCAAUAACCUGCCUACGUUAAACCUUUUCCAGAAUGCGUGAGUCCAAGAGAUAAAGAGAGCUAUAAAGGCUGAGCAUCUAGCAGGGCACCAGAUGGUACUGUCCACAGCUUGCUGAACAGUCCUGGCCCAGGUUCGAAGAGCUGCUUUUAGAAGAAAUUGGUAUGGAGCCGGAAGAGUAUAGACGGAGAGGUAAAGAGAUGGUGGAUUACAUUUGCCAGUACCUGAGCAGUGUGAGAGAGAGACGGGUGACUCCUGAUGUGCAGCCAGGUUACAUGAGAGCUCAGUUGCCGGAUUCUGCCCCAAUGGACCCAGACAGCUGGGACAACAUCUUUGGAGACAUAGAGAAGAUUAUUAUGCCUGGGGUAGUCCAUUGGCAGAGCCCUCAUAUGCACGCCUACUUUCCAGCUCUUACUUCUUGGCCUUCACUCCUGGGAGAUAUGUUGGCUGAUGCAAUUAACUGCUUGGGAUUCACAUGGGCCUCCAGUCCAGCCUGUACAGAACUGGAAAUGAAUGUGAUGGAUUGGCUGGCUAAAAUGCUGGGUCUUCCAGAUAAAUUCCUGCACCACCAUCCCAACAGUGUUGGAGGAGGAGUAUUACAGAGCACUGUGAGUGAAGCAACCUUGGUUGCACUGCUAGCAGCAAGGAAAAACAAAAUUUUGGAAAUGAAAGUUUCUGAGCCAGACACUGAUGAGUCCUCACUCAACUCUCGUCUCAUCGCUUACACGUCUGAUCAAGCGCAUUCUUCUGUAGAAAAGGCUGGCUUGAUUUCUCUUGUGAAGAUGAAAUUUCUGCCUGUGGAUGAGAACUUUUCCCUCAGAGGUGAAACUUUGAUGAAAGCCAUUGAAGAAGACAGAAACAGAGGCCUAGUGCCUGUUUUUGUUUGUGCAACUUUGGGUACAACUGGUGUCUGUGCUUUUGACAACCUCUCAGAACUGGGUCCAAUUUGUGAUGCUGAGGGACUCUGGCUUCAUAUUGAUGCUGCAUAUGCAGGAACAGCAUUUGUAUGUCCUGAAUUUCGAUUGUUCUUGGAUGGAAUUGAAUAUGCAGAUUCCUUUGCUUUUAAUCCUUCUAAAUGGAUGAUGGUUCAUUUUGACUGCACUGGAUUUUGGGUUAAAGAUAAAUACAAGUUACAGCAAACCUUCAGUGUUAACCCUGUCUACCUCAGGCAUCCCAAUUCAGGAGCUGCUGUAGAUUUCAUGCACUGGCAAAUUCCACUAAGUCGUCGAUUUCGUUCUUUGAAGCUAUGGUUUGUGAUUCGUUCAUUCGGGGUGAAAAAGCUUCAAGCUCAUGUCCGGCAUGGUACCGAAACAGCCAAAUUCUUUGAAUCGUUGGUUAAAAGUGAUCCGCUCUUUGAAAUUCCUGCCAAGAGACACCUUGGACUGGUUGUGUUUCGUUUAAAGGGUCCCAACUGGCUGACAGAAGAGCUCCUAAAAGAAGUGAGCAGUUCUGGCAGGCUUUUCCUUAUUCCAGCAACUAUUCACGACAAGUUCAUCAUUCGUUUUACUGUAACAUCUCAGUACACAACCAGGGAAGAUAUUCUGCAAGACUGGAACAUCAUUCAACACACUGCAGCCCAAAUCGUUAGCCGGCAUUAUGCGUUGCCCCGCGUCAAUUCCGGUGAUGGGGCAAGAAUCCCUAAUAUGAUAGUUAAGCCUAGUUCUAAUACCAUUAGUAAUGCUUCUCAGUUUUAUUUAGAUGAAGGAGAAUACAAAACACCUUCCAGAAAAAUAGUAGUUCAGCCUAAGAAGUUAGCAGCGAGUCCCAGUACAUGUGUGAUUAACCAACAAGUGGAAGGUCAAGGGGAUCCUCUAGAUGACUGUUUUCCAGAAGAUGUCCAAGAUGUUACCAGACAUAAGUUAACCUCUUUCUUAUUCAGUUAUUUAUCUGUUCAAGGCAAGAAAAAGACAGCACGCUCCCUUAGCUGCAAUAGCGUGCCAAUGACUGGUGGUCUCGAGCAAUGUAACCCCAAAGCAGGAGCCACUGACAAGAAAGAGUCUCAUACAAAUGCCAAAAUUCUUUCUAGGCUGCCUGAAGAGGUGAUGAUGCUCAAAAAAAGUGCCUUCAAAAAACUGAUCAAGUUUUACAGUGUUCCAAGUUUUCCAGAGUGUAGCAUUCAGUGUGGCCUUCAUCUGCCUUGCUGUCCUCUGCAAGCCAUUGUUUAACAAGUGAAAGAGAUUGGUCCUUAAGGCCUCCCCAGGUAGCAAAGAACCAAAGUUUGCUUACCCAUAUGCAAUACUACCUGUUAUUUUGUUCAAUAUGUAAACAGUGGCAACGACCACUGAGAAAAUUCCUGUGCUUCUACUGAUGCAAAACCUUGUGUAUUUAUAAAUUAAAACAUCAAAUAAAUCUUGUAAGCAUGUAAUAUGAAACUCUGGUUUGUAGACUGUAGAAAAGAAAAUGCCAAUUUUUGCCUUAUCAGCCUUGCAAUACACUAAUGGACCAUUCACAGCUGGUAGGCUGGAAUCAUUUUAACAAAGUAUGCUGGUCUCAAUAGGGUGUAAACAAUUUAGCUCACUAUUUACACCACCGAUUUUUUUAAUACCUUGACCUAAACUUUCCAAAGACUGCUGUAGGGACCUGUGGGUACAUACAAUGCCAACAUCACUUGUAAACUGUGCAAAAAGGAAGAUGUAACCUUUCUAAGAGGUUUUGCCAUGCAAGGGCAGUUUUAAACUCUCUGAAUUUAAAACCACAGCAGCCCUGCCUUCCUGUCCAUGUUAAUCAGUUACAGUGCACAGGAGGCUUUGUGCAACUCUGUACCAGGAAGAUUUGCCAUUGCUGAGCACCUGUGGCUUUUGUCAGCAUUAUCUAAGGCCUGUAAAUCACAAGUGCAUGGGGGAAGAGAACAGGAAUGAUUUAACCCUUUCCCAUAACAGAAGAACUAGCAACAUUAAACUAACAGGUAGCAGGACAGACAAAAGGAGGGGGGGGUCUUCAUGUAACAAACAAACUCAUUGCUACAAGAGGGCAAUGAUUUACAUAUUUUUCAAAAAUAAUUCAAAACAUUAAUUGGAGAAAAAGCCACUGAGGGCAAUUUUAAAUUCAGAAAGUCUACUGUUGAGUCAGGAAGCAUAAAGACUGGUGAGGAACUAUUCUGGGGAAGCAUUGCUGGAUGCUUGCUCUCUUCUUCAUAGUCAUUGCCAGACAGCUGCAAUAAGCCCUUGUUAAGGCAGAGUGCUGGGCCAGUAUAGCUGUUCUGAAGUUAUAUAAGCAAUGAAUUUGGUCAAGCAGACCAAUUUCCAUACUGUUACACAACAUCAGCUAAACCCACAGUGGGGUUUACUGAGGCAUGUGUUACAAGCAGCAGUAAAAUUUGGCCUGCCAACUCUUCCUAGUGAGUAUUUAAUUUA